UGAAUCCUUUGUUUGAGAUGAGGCCUAAGAACUUCGGCAUUGGGCAGGACAUCCAGCCCAAAAGAGAUCUCACCUGCUUCGUCAAAUGGCCUCGUUACAUCCGGCUGCAGUGGCAAAGGGCCAUCCUCUAUAAGCAUCUCAAAGUUCCUCCUGCCAUUAACCGGUUCACCCAGGCCCUGGACCGGCAAACAGCUACCCAGGUGCUUAAGCUUGCCCACAAGUAUAGGCCAGAGACAAAGCAGGAAAAGAAGCAAAGACUGUUGGCCCGUGCUGAGAAGAAAGCUGUUGGCAAAGGGGAUGUCCCAACUAAGAGGCCUCCUGUCCUUCGAGCAGGAGUCAAUACAGCCACCACCUUGGUGGAGAACAAGAAGGCUCAGCUGGUGGUGAUCGCCCACGAUGCAGACCCCAUUGAGCUGGUGGUCUUCCUGCCUGUACUGUGUCGCAAGACGGGGGUCCCCUACUGCAUCAUCAAGGAAAAGGCCAGGCUGGGGCUGCUGAUCCACAGGAAGACAUGUACCACUGUUGCCUUCACAUAGGUUAACUCGGAAGACAAGGGUGCUCUGGCUAAGCUGGUGGAAGCUAUUAGGACCAAUUACCACGACAAA